AUGAGCAAGUUUACAUCCUGGCCUCCCGAAUUGACCUCGGAACAAGUCGAGCAGCUCACCUUGCUCGCGACGACCUAUGCACUAUCCCAUUCUCUCCUCUAUCUCCCACCCCACUCUGCGUCGAAUCCCCCUCCUCCAUCGCCAACAUCAGCGAUACAUGCUCCGUUUUCACUGUUACCGACUCCAAUCCCUCGCCGGCACUUCGAUCUCGUGAGCCGUCUCCAGAGCACAUAUAAUGUGCUAUAUUCCCGCAUCGCGAUGGAUGAAGCAUUCCUCGACAAGAUCAUGGGUGAAGGGGGUGUGGCAAGCGUGGAUGACUUCACCGGAGAGUUAUGGAGGCGUUGGAAGCAGCUGAGAGUCGAAGGGAUUGUGCAGCCUCUCCAACUCGGCCUCUUCCGCUCGGAUUACCUCUUGGAUCAGUCAUCGGAGGCGGACCCGCUAUCGCUCAAGCAAGUCGAGUUUAAUACCAUCUCGUCCUCUUUUGGCGCGCUCUCGCAACAGGUCUCGCUGUUGCAUAAAUACCUGCUGGCUUCGACAAAUUACUUCAACGCGUCGCCGCUCCUGAAAUCUGUCAAUCUUCCCUUCAAUGAUACAGUCGCGGGACUGGUCUCUGGCCUCGCGGCAGCACACAAGGCAUAUGAUGUAGAAUCUGCCCAUAUCCUAUUCGUGGUACAACCAGGAGAGAGGAACAUAUUUGAUCAGAGGUUACUCGAAUACGAGCUCCUAGAGAAGCAUUCCAUCCACAUCAUCCGCCGCUCCUUCGCCGAUCUCGCAUCCACCGCCACCCUUCAUCCCUCUACACGCGCGCUCAUCGUCACGCACAACGCCGAUUCUGUCGAGAUUUCGACUGUAUACUACCGUGCAGGUUACACUCCGGCGGACUAUCCCACCCCCGCCGCAUACGAUACCCGCCAACUGCUCGAGCGCUCGCGCGCCAUACAGUGCCCAUCUCUCGCCCUCCAGCUCGCGGGCGGAAAGAAGGUUCAAGAGGUCCUCACUCAUCCAGGCGUGCUGGAGCGCUUCCUACACGCCGACGAGGGCCUCGAGGACAUUCGCGCGACCUGGAUGGAAAUGUGGGGCCUCGAUUCAGACGCGACGCGAUCCGGGGUCGAUCGCGCGCGCGAACAGGCCAGCCAGCUCGUGCUCAAGCCUCAGCGCGAAGGCGGAGGGAACAACGUGUACAAAAGCGCGAUUCCUGCGUUUCUUGAUUCCCUUCCGGAGCGCGAGCGCGGGGCGUGGAUCGCAAUGAAGUUGAUUCGUCCUCCGCGUGGUGUCGGGGGGUAUCUCGUGCAGGCGGGAAGCGGUGGGCAUGGGAUUGUUCAAUCGGAUGUCGUGAGCGAGCUUGGAAUUUUUGGGUGGUCGCUUUUUGGGAAUGGGAAAGUCAACGAGGAGAAGGCUGUUGGAUGGUUGGUUCGGACGAAGAGUGAGGGUGUGGAUGAGGGUGGGGUCGCGACUGGGUUCUCUGUGCUUGACAGUGUUGUUCUUGUGGAUUGAUACCUGAGUCAGCGUCGUCGUUUUUGGCC